UUAGUGAUAAAGACCUCGGGUCAACAUUCAGACGUGUCCAGUAUAACUAUAAUAUCUAUAAGAAAUGAUAAUAUAAAGUUAUAAUUAUAAUUCAAAAUAUUUGUCUACCUUUUUGGUAGAAAGAAAACCAAGAAAUGUGGAAAUAUGUGCCGUGUUUAGUUUUAAUUAGCAGUGUAUUAUUUAGCUUUAGUUCUGGACUUAUGAAAGAAGGCGACUCGUGCGCGGCGGAGGGCGUGGCGGGCGUGUGCCGCAACCUCACCGACUGCCCCUACGCGGACCAGCUCGUGCGACUCGACAAGAAGCGCCCCGCCCACUGCGCCUGGCACAAGAACGGCGAGGACAUUGUGUGCUGCCCGCUGGAGCUGAAUCUGCACAAGACGGGGCAGUUCCGUAACGCCUUCGGAGACACGCUGGAUGGGGUGCUGCGCUCCGCUAACAUGGCGUGCCGCUACGACGGCAGCUUACCCGUCACCUGCUGUGAGGAGAAGAAGAACAACGAGCCGAAGCCCGAGCCACGCUCCUGCCCCGCGCUGCCGAGGCCCAAGAAGAAUGUGCAGCAUAUCGCCUGGAAAAAAUGCGUGGAGUACCAGCGCUACAUCAACGUGUGCGAGGUCUCAGAGAGCGGCGGGCAGUGGCGGCGCCGCGACACCUGCGUCAUGUCCGCGUUCACCAACAAGGUGGCCGGCGGCGUGGAGGCGCUGGAGAAGGAAUUCCCUCAUAUGGUAGGUGGGAUGUCUGGAUGUUCCAUGUUGAAGAUAAAACCAUUGGGAGCGACGUCUUACCUUUACCUGCCAAUUAAACCAGAAUCCAUUGCCCUCCCAACUCCGCGGCUAGGUAGUCGAGUGCGUGUAGUACAGCGCUACAUCAACGUGUGCGAAGUAUCAGAGAGCGGCGGGCAGUGGCGGCGCCGCGACACCUGCGUCAUGUCCGCGUUCACCAACAAGGUGGCCGGCGGCGUGGAGGCGCUGGAGAAGGAGUUCCCGCAUAUGGUGCUUCUCGGCUGCCGCAACACCGUGGACUUCGAGGGUUCCAUCAAGUGGGUGGCGGGAGGAACCCUCAUCAGCGACAAGUUCAUACUGACCGCCGCGCACGUCGUCUCGCAUCGGGAUUAUGGUCUAGUCCGCUUCGCCCUGCUCGGCGCGCUGGCCAAGUCCAUGGCCAGCGAGGGGGACCUGCACAACGUGGUCAGAUACUACAAGCACAAGCUGUACACGCCUAAGGAGAAGUACUACGACAUAGCUCUCAUGGAACUGGAUACCUCGGUAAUAUUCUCCGACUUCAUCCGGCCGGCGUGCCUGGCGCUGCCGCAGAUGACCAUCACUGAUGACGAGAGGAUCCUGGCCGGCUGGGGAGAGACCGGCAACGCGGGGCCCACCGCCGACUACCUCAUGAAGACGAUCGUGAAAGAGUUCCCGGCCAACGAGUGCUCGCGCCGCAUCGACCCGCAGGGCCUCACGCGCGGCUGGGACCCCAAGGCCAUGAUCUGUGCUGGAGGAGAGCGGGGCGAGGCCAACGACUCUUGCCAUGGCGACAGCGGCGGACCCCUACUCGCCUACAUCGACGACGAGGACCUUCCCUGCACGUACGCCGUCCGCGGCAUCGUGUCCUGGGGCUCGCAGUGCGGCCAGGGCUCCCCCGGGGUCUACACUGAUGUCAACCAGUACAUGGACUGGAUCGUGGAGAGGGUGUGGGGGGUUGUGGACGGGUAAAGAGGUUUUGUGGAAGUUUGAGUGAAUAAAUUGUC